UUACAUCGUAAUAAUUAAUGGGAUUUUCAGACAAUUGUCCAAGGUAGACAGGCGAAAAUCUCUGUUCCGUCCAACCGAAUACCAUAUCUAAAGCAUUGUCCCCCACCUCUCUCUCUAGAUUAUUUCAGCUUCUUCUCGUGCUAAAACCCAAUCUAUCGUCCACUCAUUCCCUCGUACACUAAAACCCCCAAUUUCUGAAAUCCAUUGGAAUUCCGUGUGUGGUGGAGUGGAUUCACUGUGUUUUCGUGAUUUCCUAUUCAACCGUCAUUUGUAUGGGGUGAGUGAAGAGUUAUGAUGGAGUGGGAUAGUAAUUCGGAGUCUGAUCUCAGCGGGGACGGCGAGGAGGAGGAGGUGGAGGAUGAGGAAUUAGGGUUAGGGUUUAUGUUGAGGAAGAGUUGCGGUGGAUUGCCGUUCCCCGUCGAUGAGCUUCUGCAGCCGGCGCCGUGCGGAUUUGUGGUCACGGAUGCUUUGGAGCCCGACAAUCCCAUUAUUUACGUCAAUUCGGUGUUUGAGAUGGUUACUGGAUACCGUGCGGAGGAAGUUCUGGGGCGUAACUGCCGCUUCUUGCAAUGCAGAGGUCCUUUUGCCAAGCGAAGACAUCCUCUUGUGAACCCUUCAGUAGUUGCUGAAAUACGAAGUUGUCUCGGGCAAGGAAUUGAGUUUCAAGGGGAGCUUUUAAAUUUCAGAAAAGAUGGAUCUCCAUUGAUGAAUAGGCUGCGUCUCACUCCUAUAUACGAUGAUGACGGGGCAAUAACGCAUAUCAUUGGCAUACAGGUAUUUACCGAAGUUAAUCUUGAUCUUGGCCCGCUUGCGGGAUCCUUGGCCAAGGACUCGUUGAGAGCAUUUGAUAAGUCUAGAGCUGCUAUUCUUCCCGGAGUAGUGUUGGAUAGAAACCCGAACAUCAGCCGUGGGAUUUGCGGGAUAAUGCAGUUAAGUGAUGAGGUACUUGCUCUCAAGAUCUUUUCACGGUUGACUCCUCGCGAUAUCGCAUCUGUUGGCUCUGUUUGUAGGCGCCUUUACGAGCUAACAAAGUUCGAAGAUCUAUGGCGAAUGGUUUGUCAAAAUGCAUGGGGUAGUGAAACGACUCGGGUGCUGGAGACUGUACCUGGCGCCAAAAGGCUCGGGUGGGUUCGAUUGGCGAGAGAGCUAACCACUCUCGAAGCAGCUGCAUGGAGAAAACUGACAGUCGGAGGCACGGUCGAACCGUCUCGCUGCAACUUCAGCGCAUGCGCCGUCGGGAAUCGCAUCGUUCUUUUCGGCGGAGAAGGUGUCAACAUGCAGCCCAUGAACGACACGUUCGUGUUGGACUUGAAUUCAACGAAUCCCGAGUGGCAACACGUCAAAGUGAGUUCCCCGCCCCCCGGGCGGUGGGGUCACACGCUUUCUUGCGUAAAUGGGUCCCACCUCGUCGUGUUCGGCGGAUGCGGCAGGCAAGGGUUACUAAACGACGUCUUCGUUUUAGAUUUGGAUGCCAAGCAUCCGACUUGGCGGGAAAUCUCGAGCCUCGCCCCGCCGCUGCCUCGAUCCUGGCACAGCUCGUGCACCCUCGACGGCACGAAGCUGAUCGUCUCUGGCGGCUGCGCGUACUCGGGAGUGCUUCUGAGCGAUACCUUCUUGCUCGAUCUUUCCAUGGAGAAGCCGAUGUGGCGGGAGAUACCCGCAGCGUGGUCCCCGCCAUCUCGUCUGGGGCACACGCUCUCCGUUUACGGCGGGAGGAAAAUUCUGAUGUUUGGGGGUCUAGCAAAGAGCGGCCCCCUGAGGUUCCGAUCGAGCGAUGUGUUCACAAUGGAUUUGAGCGAGGACGAACCGUGUUGGAGAUGCGUUACAGGGAGCGGGAUGCCCGGCGCGGGAAAUCCCGGCGGCGUCGCUCCGCCGCCGCGAUUGGACCACGUGGCGGUGAGUCUCCCCGGGGGUAGGAUCCUUGUUUUUGGGGGGUCUGUAGCGGGUCUGCACUCUGCUUCCCAGCUCUAUAUACUUGAUCCGACGGAGGAGGAUCCGACGUGGAGGAUUCUGAAUGUGCCGGGUCGGCCACCGAGGUUUGCGUGGGGCCACAGCACGUGCAUUGUGGGAGGCACACGUGCGAUAGUUCUGGGGGGGCAGACGGGGGAAGAGUGGAUGCUGGGGGAGCUUCAUGAGCUUUCGUUGACGGGUACUAUGAUGUCGUUAUGAGGGACAACGAAGUACGGACAUUCUUGUUGUUUGAAGAACGUAACCAUUUUGUGUAAUAGACGAUUUGACUGUCGUGUGUAGUGUGUCGCCCUACCCGUAUAUGUAUACCUGACCCGACCCGGCUGGGCUGCCUGCUGCCGCUGCUCUUGUUGUUGUUGUUGUACGUAAAUUUGGGUUUUUUUUUUCUUAAUGAACCUUGGGAGUGUGGGUCUAAGUUUUGCUUUGGCGCUCUCAGCCUGCUGAAUAAUAAAUAUGUAGCUUACAAUGCGAGAAUGGUUGAGCUGCAAAUAAUGUACAAAAAACGGUGGCGGCUGCGGUGUUUGAAAUU